AUGGGGGGCCUCAUAGCGGACCGGGACGAGGUGGAGGCGUACGCGGCGGCGCCGCAGGGGGCGCGGAGGCUGACGCCCGCCCUCGUGGGCGUGCUGGCGGAGGUGGCGACUACGGGCCUGAUCCGAUACCCGUGGAGGUGCGUGCGGCCGAUACUUGAGGAUAUGAUCAUCAAGCGGUUGACGGAGUUCGAGGAGGGCGAGACCAUUGAGGUCGGCCCGCCGCGGCCGAUACCGGACGAGUUCCGGGCGGGCCCGGCCUCGAAACGCAUCAUUCAGGCCCUGCGGGCCUUCGAGAAGGACGCACCCUUCACGCUGCAGCGACUCUGCGAAGUGGCGGUGGAGCCUGGGCGGCAGUACGCGCGGCUCGAGAAGCUGGCCUUCGCGCUGGAGAAGCUGACGUGGGUGACGUCGGGCACCCCGCACGAACAGCGACCGCCCCCCCGCCCCGCAUUGGCGGCGCUAGGCAAGGUGAAUGUGCUGCCCAGGCCGCCACUGGGGGCGCGGAGCACGCCGCCCGCGGCGUUUCCGGGGCAGCAGGGGCACGGGGCGCAGCAGGCCGAGGACCAGAACGGCGGGGGGGAGUCGGCGCACCAGGGACAGUCGUCACAACAACACUCCCCCCCCUCGGGGCCAGGCGGGCCGCUCCCGCAGCAGCCGCAGCAGACCGGACAGUCGCACCAGCGCGCCCGCGCGUGGCCGGGCGCGAACGAGCGCCAGAUGGGCUCGCUCGGACUCGCCGGCGUGUCCCUACGCUCCCCCGCAUGCCCGCUGCCCUCGGAUCCCGGCGCGAUGCGGGAGCGGCCCGCGUCCCCGCCGCCCGCAGGACCGCGGUCCCCGCCGAACGGCACGCACAGGUCGCCACAAGCUCCGAACGGCACCGCGCACGCCGGGCAGGACGCGGGCGGGCAGCGCGCGGCCACCGCGCAGCGCACGCUCAGCCCGCGCCCCGGAAGCCCCGUCGCGUCCCCGCCCGGGUCGCCAGUCCCCUCCUCCGCCACUCCCCCGGCCCGCCGUCGCCCGGACGCGGCCCGGGGCCGUGGCAGGCCGACGACCUGA